AAAAAAAAAAAAAAAAGAAAGGAAGAAAAAGGCAGAGUUGACCUUUUUCUCGUUUCUUCUUUUACUUUAUUUAUUUGUUGAUACCCAAUGGAAAGCAUUACUUAUCUCCAACAUACACCUUUCUUUACCUUUACUACUGGCGUACUUGACUCUCAACAUUUCGCUAGACGUAAAGAAGAUUCUCCUCUUCGCAUUCUUGAAGUUGGUUGUGGGUCUGGCGAAUUCUCGGUUCUUUUGAAACGCCACUACAAACAAAAGGUUGAAUUGAUAGCGAUUGAUCCAUCAGAAGAUGAUAUCAAGGCAGCCCAAACUAAGACCACCGAUGUAACGUAUAUUCAUACUGGAUUAUUAAAUUGGCAACCUGAUUCUCCUGAUACCAAGUUUGAUGUUAUUAUAUGUACAAAAUCCUUACACCAUUGUGAUGAUUUGGAAAGGGUUGUUAAGCGCGCUUAUGAUCUACUUGUGAAGGGUGGGAUUUUAUUAGCAGAAGAACUUCAACCAGAAAACAUGAACGUCGAAUCGAUGCAAUGGCUAUUUGAUCGUUUUGACCUUUUACAGAUGGCAAAUCUAUUCAAUCCAGCUGAUUUACGAUCUCCUUACUCUAUCGUACUAGAUACCAGUAUCCCAGCAGAAGCACGUUGGCUAGCACAUCUUAAACUCCGAGAUUGUCAUUCAUCUGAUACUGUCAAGGAAGCAGUGACCACCAUUUUUGGACGAGAAAGAACAAGGAUUAUUAACAAAACACCUUUUAUACAUUACUAUUUAGUCAAGUUCGGAUUGAAAGAUUCAGCAAUUGGUAAAUCUGUUUUAUCGGAAUUCAUGGCACAAGAAGAUCGAGCAUUAGCUUCUGACAGCAUCACAUCCCUUGGAUUCACCAUUGUCGCCGAGAAAUAGGAUAGUUUAUCGUUUAGUCUUCUACAAUAGGAUGUAUUGAUUAUAAAUUGAAUAUAAUCAAGUAAUAAAGAAUCUUGUUACUCUUUUUUUUUCA